UAUAUAUUUGACUUAAAGUAUAAGCUGUCAAGUUGCUGUUCACAAUUAAUGCAGUAGUUGCUCAUUACUGAUAGAAAAAAAGCAAUAUUCACAUGUGAUCUUAAAUUGAUUGAUUGUCACCACAAUGUAGUGAUGUUUAUAUGCAUCCUUCGUUAUGCAAAUUGUUUGUUAGUUCAUUUGAAUUUUAAUUGAAUGACAAAUGGUGUUUUCCAUCAAUCCUUAUAAAAGGAAAUUGCCACAUUUUCAAUUGAUCACAUGAUCAGUGUUCAGUGAAAUGCAUUACUAUAGCCCUACUGAAACUGAAUAUUGUAUGUAACACAUUUAUGAGUGGCAACAGUGUCUAUUGUGGAAAGGAGGUUGGAGCCUGUUUUAUGGGGCUCCAUUUGUGUGAGGAAUGCUUGUUUUUUUUGCAUCUGUGUUUUUCAUAUUACAGACGUGGAUCCCCCUGGGAUAUUGAGAGGCUAGCCGAUAUGGCGCAGCCACGCUGGAGGCAAAUCAUUUAAUGGUGCUGCUGUGAAUCUGACCCUGGUCACUCCUGAGAAGGCCAUCAAACUAGCCGCAAAUGAUUUCUUCCGGCAGCAUCUUAGCAAAAAUGAGAAGGGUUUGACAGUGUUUAAGGAGAUGUUGGCAGGUUGUGGUGCGGGCAUGUGCCAGGUUGUCAUUACUACUCCUAUGGAAAUGCUCAAGAUUCAACUUCAGGAUGCAGGGAGGCUAGCGGCUCAGCAGAUAAAGCCAGCCUCGAUGUCACCCACUAAGCUGGCUGCCACCAGGGUGCUGAGCAGGUCUUACAACGCGGGGCCCAGCACUGCAACCAGUGCGCUGUCUGCUACCCAAAUCGCCCGGGAACUUCUCCGCACUCAAGGCAUCCCGGGCCUCUACAAAGGCCUCUGGGCCACCCUCAUGAGAGAUGUCCCCUUCUCCAUGGUCUACUUCCCACUAUUCGCCCACCUCAACCAGCUGGGCCAGCCCUCUCGAGAUGAAUCCGCACCCUUCUACUGGGCUUUCUUCUCUGGCUGUCUGGCUGGCUCUACCGCAGCUGUGGCAGUCAAUCCUUGUGAUGUUGUGAAAACGAGAUUGCAAUCUCUAAACAAAGGUGCCAGUGAGGAGAGCUACAACGGUGUGGUUGACUGUGUCAGUAAGAUCAUGCGUAAGGAGGGUCCCUCUGCCUUCCUGAAGGGAGCAGGCUGCAGGGCGCUGGUCAUCGCUCCUCUCUUCGGCAUCGCACAGGUCAUGUACUUUAUUGGCAUCGGAGAGUUCAUCCUGGACCUGUCCCCUUUCAACUAACUACCCGUCUGCAUGAGAUGAGCAACCCUGCCUGGCUGUGCAUGGGACUCACUCACGUCGGAUGAAAAGUAUCUCAGCAAAAGCCUUGCAGCUAUACACCGUCAGUAUAUAUUACAGAAAAUAAACCCACGUAAGGACUGUUGCGGUGUCAGAGCUUUGGAGCCUGGAAAAGACAGGAAAACCUCCUGUAUGGUCUAAUGGCUGUACUGCACUUCCUCAAUGUUUUCCUGGCUUAUUUAAUGGGCUGUGACCAAUGUUUUCGCCAGUUUGCUGAACUGGGGGCCGAGAACUGCAGCAGGGGCUCUGGCUGGGGAGUCCCUCUGGUUCCUCUUUCUCUGUGAGGGACAGGAGGUGGGGACCACUUCAACACAACCAACCAACUUUUCUUUUUUUGUCAUUCAUUGUUUGUCUGCAAUUUUUGGGGGGAUAAUUUAAGAUUCCACAUCUGUGCUGUUGCUGGAAUGCAAUACUGUGGAGUAAAUAGAUUUUGUGUGGGUAUUUCAAAGCAAGUACUGUAUUUGCAAUCAUGUGACUUCAAGCCUUCAAUUAAUCUGAUUUACAUGUCUGAAUUGUUAAAUUCACUGAGGUCAAAAAUCUCUUGAAAUAUUCUAGAAGUAGCUUUUUAACAUUUUUAACUGGCACCAUUUCACCAAGGUUUAGUUUGAGAUCGAUGGACCAAGCACUUAAUGGCUAUUCCACAGCAACACCUCAUGGUUUGUUGCCAGACAGAUGACCCCAUCAUGGUUUAAUGAAUUGUCAGCAUUGUUAAUCUUUUUUGUAUUUUUUUAAUUCUGUUGUGGAGUUGUGGAGUGUUCUGUUAUUGUCCAUGUUACUUCAGGGAUAUAUAUUAGGUCAAGACUUAGAUUAGUUAAUGGUCAUUAUUUAGUUUUUUUUGUAUUGAUAACAUGCCCCUAAAUUUCAUGCAAAUAGUUUUGUAUUUUCCUUAUGAGUGGAUUGGUAUUUCUACACACUGUAAGGAAGCAAUACUUUAUCCAGACUGACUGAGCCUGCCAAAUGGCAUCACUAAUACUAUCUGCACCCAGAUAAUCUAACACAGGAAUUGACUGUUACAUUGGUUCGUAUGAUGUAUUUCUAGUCUUGUUUUAGAUGUUUAUUUGAUAAACAUAUACUAACAGCUGUCUGCUCUUAA